UGAGGCCAGAUUUGAACUGAGGUCCUCCUGACUUCAAGGCUGGCACUCUAUCCACUGGAUCACUUACCUGCCCCUCUGAGUAGCUUUCUUAUUGCUUGCCUGGGGGGACAAAAUUAUCCUCUGUGACCCUAUUACAUUAGGCUUUAAUGACUAAUAUUUUUAAAGCUUUAAACUAGUAUAUCACUUAACGCUUUUGGUAGAAAAACAGUCUCUAAUCGUACAUCCCUGGCUUGUUUCACAACAGGAGUAUUGUGAGGAAAGCAGUGAAAAAGAUGGAUAAAUGCAGGUUGAUGAUUGAUGAUGGUGAAGCUUCAGUUGAGACCUGAAAGGCCUCAUUCUCUUUAGAUGAACUUUCUUGAUAGCAGUUUAAUGUUUGCUGAUGAAAAAUCAAGUAAUGUGUUAAAAGAAGGAGUUGUAGUUGGAUUUAUCUUGACCAUUGCAAAUUUGAGCUUUUUUACUUCUUUGAUGACAUUUUUCAUUUCUUCCUCAAAACUGACCAAGUGGAAAGAAGAAGAAAAGAAGCGUGUAGAUCCUGAAUAUAAAGAAGGGGGGCAGAGAAAUUGGAUUCAAGUUUUCUGUAAUGGAGCUGUACCUACAGAGCUGGCAUUGCUCUAUAUGAUUGAAAAUGGGCCAGGUGAAAUCUGCAUUGAUUUCUCCAGACAGUACACUGCUUCCUGGAUGUGUUUGUCUCUCUUGGCUUCUUUGGCCGCCUCUGCAGGAGAUACAUGGGCUUCUGAAAUUGGCUCUGUUGCAAGUACUACCCAACCAAGGCUGAUAACAACUUGGCAAAGAGUUCCUAUUGGUACCAAUGGAGGAGUCACUGCGGUAGGCUUUCUCUCCAGCUUUCUUGGUGGGUCUUUGGUGGGCAUUGCCUAUUUCUUUUCACAGCUGAUUUUUGUGAAUGAUUUGGAAUCUUCUGCUCCCCAAUGGCCAGUUGUUGCAUUUGCAGGAAUGGCUGGUUUAUUAGGAUCAGUUAUUGAUUCAUACUUAGGAGCAACAAUGCAGUAUUCUGGUUGGGAUGAAAGCACUCACACAGUUGUCAGCCAGCCAACGGGUGAGACAAAAUACAUAUCGGGAAAGCCUAUUCUUGAUAACAAUGCUGUGAACCUGUUUUCUUCGAUCCUCAUUGCUCUCUUGCUUCCAAGUGCAGCAUGGGCUCUCUGGCCCAUAGAAUGAACAGUUGUCAAUUUCCAUCAUUUGGAGACUAAAACAGUCUAGUUGUACUUUGUAAUUCCAAGAUUUAACCUCAAAACAAUCAUUUCACCCACCUUACAUGUAGGGAUUUAAUUAGCUUUGCAUUUUAUCUUCCCAUAAUCAUAAAUUGGAAACAUUCAGGAAAGAAAAUUCUACAGGAAAAAAAAACAAACAUAUCUUCCAGGACUUAAGCAUGCAGCUUUCCAAUUGAAUAGAGCUGUUGGAGCAAAAAGAGGUUUUAAAUAAAGUGGGGGUUUUUUUUGUUGUU